AUGGUACUAGCCUUGCAAUGGUCGGAGGCACAUGGUUGCUUCCUCAUACAUGGCUUGUGGCCGGUCAUACUUGGUGUGCCGCAUCAUAUUGUUAAUCAGCCCAUCCGCAAUCCAUAUGUAGUUUCAAAUGGUCUAGAUUGGACACUUCUCAAUGAAAUGGCUGUUGUCUGGCCGGAUGUGAUACACAGAAAUAACUAUCAACUGUGGCAACAUGAAUGGGACGUCCACGGCACGCGAUCCGGAUUGUCAUUUGAAAACUAUUUCCGGGUUGCAGUGGAAUUGUACCGGAGCCUGGGUCCGAGGCGUGUGCAGCUGGUUACCAGCCUGACCUUUUCCAAGGGUGACGAGGCAACUCUACGUCAAAUCCAUAUGAAGAUCUAUGAGCAAACAGGACUGGUCGUUGCCAUAAAGACUGGACCACGUAAGUCUUCUUGUUUCAAUCGUAUGACGGAGAUUUACGUUGGUGUGGAUCGAAUGUGCGGGUUCAGACACAUCACUCAGGAUCUGAACUGA